ACGAUCACAUUCAUGAGGAGGAAGAACUGCAGCUCAGGAGAACAUGAACAAAACCUUUUGUUCUCUUAUCAGCUUGGAUUUCACCGGCAGAUUCCUGCCUCCUGUUUUAAUCUUGGUCUUCAUCAUCGGCCUGGUUGCUAAUGCCUGGGGGUUGAAUUCGUUGCGGCUGAACUGGAAGAAACUGGGAAGCGUCAACGUGUUUGUUCUCAACCUGGGACUUGCAGAUAUUUUAUAUCUGCUCACGCUGCCGUUUCUGGUGGUUUACUACUUCAAGGGGGAAGAGUGGAUCUUUGGAGCUACAUUCUGCAAGAUAACGAGAUUCUGCUUCAACCUGAACCUCUACGGCAGCAUCGGAUUCCUUACCUGCAUCACUGUGUACAGGUACCUGGCUAUUGUUCACCCGAUGAAAGUGUUGGGAAGAAUCACUGUCACUCAUUCUGUGAACAUCUCAGUCCUCGUGUGGCUGCUGGUGGCUGCCCAGAGUCUUCCAGACGUGUUCUACGUCAAGACGUUUGGAAACGACACUGAGAGCUGCUAUGAGACCACACACAGCGCAUCUGUGGAGGAUUACCUGAACUACAGCCUGGGGAGGACCCUGACUGGGUUUUGUAUCCCACUCCUCAUCACACUGGGCUGCUACGGACAUAUGAUUAUCACAAUUUCCUCAAAAUACAACGUCGACAAGGAUCUGAAGCAAAGGAGCCUGAGGUUGAUGUUCAUUUUGAUCCUUCUCUUCUCUGUUUGUUACAUCCCCUAUCACCUGUUCAAGAACCUAAAUCUCUGGUCAAGAGUUCUGAGCAAACAUGGGAACUGUCACAGGUGGUCCAACGGAGUUUACAUCGCCCAUCAGGUAGGGCGUGGCCUGGUGUGUCUGAACAGCGCCCUCAACCCCCUGGUUUACCUCAAUGUACGUAAAGACUCCAACUCAGUUUUGACAGGUGCUCGUCAAGCAAUCAUGCGCCCGUUCAUCACCACGGUUUCAACGGUGUGAAUGAAUUGCAUCAUCUGGAGCUGGGUCUGAGGCGGUUGUGACGUGGCUUUGCAGUUGAGGAUUGGAAGAGUUGAGAGCUAAAGCAGCUUAAAUAUGAGCUUUAGCAGCUGAUGCACUGGACUGUGCCUGAGCUCGACUCAGGUUUCCCCCAUUCUCUUUUUUUCUACAAUCCCUCCAAGGCUGAGGGCUGUCCAGCCUCUCUUCUCCUGUAUCGCCGAGGGGAAGCUGGCUGCUCCAGGUCAUACCUUCUCUUUCCAUCCAACUAUUCGAGAGGAGCGCAAAGGUGCAGCUUCCAGCUCAUCUCACCAAGGAAACCUCCUCGCACUGCAAGCUCAACCAAACUCCUAGUAGUGACUCGAUGUCCUGCAGGAGAACUUCAACCAGCAACUGAGCCCCACAGCUCAACAGAACCGCGAAGGCAGAAAUCAUACGACCAGCCAAAAGACUUCACAGAACUGCAACUUCCUUAUUCACCAUCUCCACGGAUGGGUAACACAACUGGGCUUAAUAGUUAUACUAGACCAAGCAAGACUGAUUAUACGAUUCUGUGUGACGUUUAUAAGUGUGAUAUGUGUUGUGAUAUUGUGGUGACAAGUUAUUUGAAAGAUAAUGUUAGUUGUGCUCUUCACAGGCUUUCUUUGCAUAUCUCUCUGACUCUUUCAUUCUCCGACUUAACAUCACCACAGACACAAACAUAGUCUUCACCUCAUUAGCUCAGACCCCCGCUGCAUGUCGAUAACAUCCCAAUGGGGGGGGG